GGUAGGUAAUAACCACAUUUAAAUCAUACUAAUACAGUAACGUCUCUUGUACAGUCUAUACAUAAGUAUUAAUCAAUCAUGAAUUCCGCACUUAAGAUUGCUAUUAUAGUAAUUUUAAUCGUAGAUAAUAGUCAGAGUAAUUUACUCGUAUCAGAUAUUUGUGGACAAGGAUUGAAAUGUGUACCGAAGUGCUGCCCAGACAAGUUCUACGUUUUCUGUGAUUUAGAUGACUCAUGUAAAUGUGAAGCGAUGGUGAUAGAUAGUGCAGAUUUGUCUAAAGUGCCGGUUUAUAAUGAAUAUUUGAAAUAUACGGGAAAGAAUUUGACUGAUGUCUUCAGUCUUGUGAAGGGAGAUCUUCAAGAGGAGAGCUUGGAUAGUGAACUGAUGGACAUUUAUUUGGUGGAGAAUGGGAAACUGCACGUUAAACUAACAAUCCCUAAUGCUCCAGCCAAAUCACUGGUGUUCGGUACUGAGAACUUCUGUGUGGAUUUCGUGAAGACGGAAGAAUCAAUGCACCCUGAAAUAACAUUUAGAAUAACUAUGCCGCCCAAACAGGAUCACUCCGCUAAAUUAAAACUUAAUACAGCAGCUUACAUAAUAUCCAGCAUUUUCCUAACACUAGUGCUGCUAGUGUACUUCAUGUUUGCGUCGUUGAGGAACCUCGUGGGGAAGAUAAUAAUGUCCAUAGCAGCCAGCCUUUUGGGUGGCUUCCUCAUGUUUGUGGCACUCUUGCUCAAAAUCUUGGAAAACGGAGAUGUAACUGAUGGAUUCUGUCUUGGUUCAAAUUUCUGUAUUUACUUCUUUUUCCUGGCGAGCUUCUUCUGGAUGAACGUCUUAUCCUUUGAUAUCUGGAAGCAAUUUAGGAAGAAACGCCUAAGUUCUUACCGAGAACAGAGAGGAGAAUAUCGGCGCAAAUUCCUCACAUACUCCAUCUACGCCUGGGGCAUCCCCUUGGCAAUGGCGGUUAUAUUUAUAUUAUUGGAAAAAAACAUUAUAGAUGUUAGAAGUGUGCCAAGCUUCAUAAAACCUAAUAUUAUUCUGAAUCAGUGUUUUCUGGGUGAUACGGAAAGGAUGUAUUACCUUUACAUACCGAUGCUGAUUUUGAUUCUUUGCAACUGGGCAUUUUAUUUCAUGACGGCUUAUGCGAUCUGGCAGACGAAGCGAGACGCCCGGACCAUGGGCGUGACGUCUACGCCGAAUAAUAUAAAAGAACGAUUAAAGAUCUUCCUAAGGCUGUCUCUAGUGAUGGGCAUCAGCUGGGUGCUGGAGAUCGUGAGCGCGAGCACGCCCGACCUGGCCAUCUGGUACAUCACCGACCUGUACAACCUGCUCAUCGGCGUCGCAAUCUUCCUCAUUGCUGUUUGCAACAAAAAAGUUUACAAACUAUUCAUCCAAAGAUUUGGUUCAAGGCUCUCCUUCAAGCAGGGUCUGAAAUCUUCCACCCAGACCCAGGACUCAACACUUUCUGAUGAACCAUCGAAUGAAGUGCAAUUGGCAUUAAUGAACGAUCAAACCAUGAACAAAGAACCAUCAGAUUUCAGCGAGGUCCGGCGAAGUAGAUUAUGAGUUUAUAACCAAACUUCAAUGAACUGCCAAGAAAUUGUAUAAAGACUGAGGUUGAAGACUUAAGUUUCAGUUAAAACGAGACAGAUUUAUGCCAGCGCCAUCACGCUGUCUCGUUUUAACUAUCUCUUAAGUCUGAGCAAAGUCAAAGUGCGCUCUAUAGAUCUCAGCAUGAGGCUGCAGCCUCAACACAGCGGCGACACAGAAGCGGCGGCGGUAGGGCAAUGAUACAAUACGCCUUUAAUUUUUAUAUAGAUUAAGAUGCUGUCCUGGAAGACAGCUGAGGUGGACUAAGCCGCAACAUCAAUUUUUUUUAAUGUAUGGACCAACGAUUGGCUGCAAUCAGUUUAACUACCAAGAGAUGAUGGAGCGCACUUAGUUACCUAGAAGUCAAAGUCAAAGUCAAAAUCAUUUAUUCAAAGUAGGUACAAUUGUACUCCUUUUGAUGGUCGAAAUUGUUAAACUUGUAC